CCAGCCAUCUUUGGCCGUUUUCCCGUCCUGCGUUCUCUGUGGUUCCGGAGCCGUGAAUGUCUGCGUGUUGUCUGCGCCCUCCGACUCUGCUGCGGGAGGAGCGCAGUGAGGACGGGAUGUCCGGGAAUCAGGAGAUGGGUUCUGUGUCAUUUGAGGAUGUAGCUGUGGGCUUCACCCAGGAUGAGUGGCAGUUUCUAGACAGUGCGCAGAGGAGCCUCUACAGGGAUGUGAUGCUGGAGAACUACGGCAGCCUGCUGUUCUUGGGGCACUGCACAAACAAACCUGAAUUGAUCUUCAAGUUAGAAAAUGGAUUUGGCCCAUGGAGUGUGGGAGAAGCCUCCAUCCCAAGCCUCCCAGGUGUACACAAAGUAACCACCAAAAUGAAAACCAUCUUGAAAAAUGACAGGAGUCAUCUAUGGCAAGUUGGAAUCACCAACAGCAGGACAUCAAGUGAAGAGAUUGUUGACGCAGAUCUAAAAAUGCAACAGAUAAUUCAACAGAGAAAAUCUUAUAAAGGUACAAGAUGUGUGAAGUCAUCACACAGCAGUGAUCAGAUGUCUAACAUACAUAAGAAAGGUUUCAGUUAUAAAUUGGCUUUCAAUCAAUGUCAGAGGCUUCAUAGAGAAGCGAUACCCUCUGAGAAGAAAGAACACAGUAAUUUCUUCUCCUUCAAGUCAAAAAUCAGUGUAUGUUGGAAACAUCAUACAUCUGUGAAGCCCUAUGAAUAUGAGCAGUGUGGAAAAGCCUUCUCCGUGAAGUAUCAUCUUGGUAUGCAUCAAAGAACUUACACGGAAAAGAAGCCCCAUAAAUGUGAGCAGUGUGGAAAAGCUUUCCCCUACAAGAAUAGACUCAUUUUGCAUCAAAGAACUCAUUCAGGAGAAAAGCCCUAUGAAUGUGAGCAGUGUGGAAAAGCUUUCUUCUACAAGGAUAAACUCAUUUUGCAUCAAAGAACUCAUUCAGGAGAAAAACCCUAUGAAUGUGAGCAGUGUGGAAAAGCCUUCUACGUGAAGUAUCAUCUUACUGUUCAUCAAAGAACUCAUACAGGGGAGAAGCUCCAUAAAUGUGAGCAGUGUGGAAAAGCUUUUUUCUACAAGAAUAAACUCAUUGUGCAUCAAAGAACUCAUACAGGGGAGAAGCCCUAUGAAUGUAAACAGUGUGGAAAAGUAUACUCCCAAAAGUAUUCUCUCUGGAUGCAUCAAAGAACUCAUACAGGUGAGAAGCCCUAUGAAUGUGAGCAGUGUGGCAAAGCCUUCUCCAUAAAGUGUAAGCUCACUGAUCAUCAAAGAACUCACACAGAGAAGAAGCCCUAUGAAUGUAAACAGUGUGGAAAAGCUUUUCUCUACAAGAAUAAACUCACUGUGCAUCAAAGCACUCAUACAGGGGAGAAGCCCUAUGAAUGUAAACAGUGUGGAAAAGUAUACUCCCAAAAGUCUUCUCUCUGGAUGCACCAAAAAUCUCAUACAGGCGAGAAGCCCUAUGAUUGUGAACAAUGUGGAAAAGCCUUCUGCACCAAGUCUCAACUCACUGUGCAUCAAAGAACUCAUACGGGGAAGAAGCCCCAUAAAUGUGAACAGUGUGAGAAAGCCUUCUUCAGGAAGUAUGAGCUCACUGAUCAUCAAAGAACUCAUACGGGGGAGAAGCUCCAUAAAUGUGAGCAGUGUGGAAAAGCUUUUCUCUACAAGAAUAAACUCACUGUGCAUCAAAGAACUCAUACAGGGGAGAAGCCCUAUGAAUGUAAACAGUGUGGGAAAGCCUUCUGCACCAAGUCUCAACUCACUGUGCAUCAAAGAACUCAUACAGGGGAGCUCUAUGAGUGUAAACAGUGUGGAAAAGCCUUCCCCGUGAAGUCUCAGCUCACUUAUCAUCAAAGAACUCAUACAGGUGAGAAGCCCUAUGAAUGUGAGCAAUGUGGAAAAGCCUUUUACUUCAAGUCUAGCCUCACUGUGCAUCAAAGAACUCAUAUAGGUGAGAAGCCGUAUGAAUGUGAGCAAUGUGGAAAAGCCUUCUUCUACAAGCAUAAACUCAGUUUGCAUCAAAGAUCUCAUUCAGGGGAGAAGCCGUAUGAAUGUAAGCAAUGUGGAAAAGCUUUCUUCAGAAAGUAUGAGGUCUCUGCGCAUCAAAGAACUCAUACAGGGGAGAAGCCCUAUGAGUGUAAACAGUGUGGGAAAGCCUUCUGCUCCAAGUCUCAACUCGCUGUGCAUCAAAGAACUCAUAAAGUAGCAGUGCCACCAGCUGGGGAACAAUGUUCAAGUACAUGAGCCUAUGAGAGAGACUCCAUUCCAGCCACUACAGGGUAUGUAGCUUUCAGUCCAUAAAUAUUUACAGUUACAUGUUCUCGAUGAAUGGGUCCUUCCCUCCUUUAUCUCUUAGGAUUAGUUUUGAAGUCUCUUCCCGUUUUCUUCAUUAGCUGGUUUUCAUCCUCUGAUUUUCAGUACUGGGAUAUUUCUGCCAGGGAGGUAUGUUUCUAAAAGCAGAAGAUAGGUUGAUCUUUUUUUUUUUUUUAAUCCAGUCAAUUAGUUUGUCUUUUAGUUGGUGAAUUGAAUACCUUUGCAUUUAAGUUAUUGGCAGAGGUAUAACAUUGGUAAAGUGUCAUGUGCUGUUUAAGCUCACUCAGAAGCUGGCUCUGGAAGUAAGGUUAUCAAAUGCACUUGAGGCACAAGUAUGUUACAGUGUCUUCUAAGACCCUGUGUCUGGGGAUGGACUCAUCCCUCCACCCCAGGCCAAGAGAAGGAGAAAGCUAAACAGAAGCAGAGUAAAGUUAAAAUACUGUGUAAUUGUGCACAGUAGGGAGGUAAAUCGGUCCCAGAGCAAAAGACUCAGCUAUUGCUAUUUCAUGAUACAAAAAUGCCUGUGGUGGGCAUUCAAAGUAUAGUCUCACACAGAAAACCUUCCUGGGACCCUCUUUUGCUCAGAGGCUUCAACUGACCAGUUUUGAUUGUUGGGGCUUCCUUAGUUUAUGCUGGAUGGUGUGUCUGAUUAUAUGUUGUAUGAUCUUUUUCUGUUUGUAUCUUUUGUGCCUACUGGCUGUAUUCUUAAUAAACUCACAUUUGAAACAGAAGGGAUACUUACCAUGACUCUUUGUGGUAAAUAGGUGGUCUGCUAUUCAUUCUGGAUUGUUUCUCUUUCCAGUUCUUUGAAACGCACCAUCAUUGUGUGUUAAUGCUCUCCUUGCUCAUAUAUUCCUGCCAUGUAGUGCAUUCUUUCCUGUAUUUUAGUGAGGGUAUCUUUCUUCUUCCUCUGUGUAAACUAUUUAAGUAUUCUGUUCAAGGCUGGCUUACUUGUCAUGAAUUGACUGAGAUUGUGUUUGUACUGAAAUGCUGUAGUAUCAGUUUUAAGAGAAAUCUUUGCUGGGUAUAGCAGCUCUGAUAGUUACUUUUGGGACUGGAAAUAUGUCAUUCCAUUUUUUCCUUAUUUUUAACAUUGCAGAACUAAGUAUCUGAUUUUGUUCUCAUACUUCUCCAUUAUAUGUUAGAAUGUUUCAUAUAAAACUUAAUGAUUCCAUGCCUUAUAUUUUUUGUGCUGUUUGUGACAAGAUCUCUCUGUAGCCUCAACUGACCUGUAUAGACCAGUCUGGACUUGAUAUCAUAGAGAUCUGCCUGCCUCUGUUGGCUUCUAUUUUUGACAAACUGAAUAUUUCUGAUAUGAUCAUGUCCAUUUGGGGUUCUAAUCAUGCCUUUUUUUUUUUUUUUCUAACUUCCUUAACCUUUGGAAACUUUACUGGUAUCUAUUGAAUGCAUCAUCUGCAACUUAUUUAAUGUCAUCCACCUAUUGUACUCCAAGGAGUUCCAUUUACCAGCUUCUGUCCUUCUUUCUUCAGGAAUAACUCUAUCAAUUUAUUACAGACAUGAAAAUAUGUC